CAAUGCCAGAAUUGUACUUUAUAUAGUAUGUGUUGACAUAUGGGUAUAGCUUGUUUCAAAAUAGUAGAAAUUAUACAUGCAUUUGAAAUAAUGGCUAAUUUUAGUACAGGCAUUUUCUAAGUCAGCUGUACCAAGAGGUCCUCGUGUUGUAAACAAGGGUCCUCUCACAAAAUAUGGAGGGUAGCUACACAAUGGUAACCUAUAGAUAAAUAUAAAAACGAAAAGAAAAAUGAAAAUACCAAAAAGAAAACUAUUCCUACUAAUUAUUUUUGCAUAUGUGGCAUUUUCACUCUAUGCUGCAUACAGUGUCUUUUUCAGUACCAAAGUAAUUUCCCGUGUUCACCGGGUGGUGAAGAAAGAGACAGUCUUGGGUGGUGUCAGAGAUGGCGGUGCAGUUGGCCCACUUUUAGCGCGUGAUUGGAAUCCGUGGGAGGAUGAACAGGUGGACUACAACUCUGCUCUGACCAAAAAGAGAGACGCCUUCAAACAGCACUUGGGUGAAAUUGACAAAAACAAACCCAAAAGAUACAGGGUACAAAUCUGGGGCAAAGCUGCCAUAGGGCUUUAUCUUUGGGAACAUAUUUUGGAGGGACCCCUCAACCCUACUGACAAGAUCGCACAAUGGAGAGUGGGAGAGCUGCAGUCAGGAAAGAUUGAUUUCAGUUUCUACACAGGUCCUGCUGUGGUCCAGGGUCAUGUCCCUCUGGAUAUGAACAGCCUGGUUCUGGUUCUGAAUGGCCGCGAGCAGGAGAAGGUCUCUUACUCCAUACGGUGGCUGGAGCAUGCCCAAGCUUUAGUGAAGUCCCACACAGUGUCACAUGUGGCUUUGGUCCUGCUGGGAAAUGAGCACUGCAACAACGACUUUAUUGCUCCUUACUUAAAGAGGAAUGGUGGCUUUGUGGACCUGCUGUUUGUAGUGUACGACAGCCCCUGGGUCAACGACAAGGAUGUCUUCCAGUGGCCUCUGGGUGUCGCCACGUACAGGCAGUUUCCUAUGAUCAGGCCUAAUGCCCAACUGAUUACCUCCAACAGGCAAUACCUCUGCAAUUUCCUAGGAACUGUUUACAAAAAUUCCUCCAGAGAAACUCUUAUGCAGGUGCUGAAAAAGUCUGAACUGGAUGAGGAAUGCAUCACCACUGCCAGGGAGAAGUGGCUACCUCAGGAGACGGCCGACAGUCUGAGACGCUAUCAGAACGCUCUGGCCCAGAGCGAGCUCACUCUCUGCCCAGUCGGAAUCAACUCUGAGUGCUACCGCAUCUACGAGGCCUGCUCUUAUGGCUCUGUGCCCGUGGUGGAAGAUGUACUGACACCUGGGACCUGCGCGGCGGGGUCCAGCUCCCCACUGCGUCUGCUCAAAGCUGCAGGAGCACCCUUCAUCUUCAUCAGUGACUGGAAAGAACUGCCGGCCAUCUUGGAAAGGGAGAGGGGGAUGAGCCAAGAGCAGAGGGUGGACAGGAGGAGGAGGCUGUUGGAAUGGUACGCCAACUUCCGUCAGCAGAUGAAGGAGAGGUUCACUGAGGUCAUCGAGGAGACUUUCUUCAAAAACGGAUGAUCGUGGUGCUUAAUUAACAAAAAUUCAAAAGGUAUACAGGGGUAGACGUUCAAUAUUGUUUUAAUUUAUUUUGUGGUUUGUGGAGAAACGUGACAUACUACUGUUGUUGUGAACCUUACGAUGUUCAGUGUAAUAUUCCUGUGCGGUUUAUUAUAAAAUGUAUGUAUGUUGUAAAGCUGCCAUUACUAGUUGGUAAAGGGCUCUAUGACUUGAGUAGUGUAUAUUUAUCAUCUUAAUGUUUACAAUGGUGGAGUGUCCAGGGGUUUAGAAAUGAUAAAUGAUAAACUGCCUUUGCAUUUUGCCCUUAUAUUAUUUCAACCAUGUUUUAUAUCUGUUUGUAUGCACUAAAUAUUGUGAUUUUACACUUAGGAUUUGGAGUAGAAUGAGAUGAUAAUGUGUUUUUAGGUCUUGUUUGAAACUGGUUAUUAUUGUGACUAGGGCUGGGCAAUGUGAUCAUUUCUCGUCUUUUAAUGGAAUCAUAUACUUGUGAAAUUAUAUGUCGAGAUAUCAUAAUACACAAUUACAUUGUCUAUACUGGAAACAAGCGCAUAUUAACACAGAUCUCUCUGAAAAUCUGUUAUGAAAUAUUUUGAGGGAAUAUCAUUUGAAUAUUGCGUUUUAUUUUUCCAUCACACUUUACAUUACCACCCAGUUCAUUGCGAUCAAACUAUUGUGUUCAGCUAAUUACACUGCAUGUGUGUGCAUGCAUGUGAACAUAGUCAGUGUAUAGCUGGAAAUAUGUAUUUAUUUUUACUCUUUAAUUUCACUUGAAACUAUUAUGUUUGUUUUGCAUUAGUUCUUAAUUAAAUUAGAAAAUACUUUUCAUUUGUCAAGUAUUUAAUUCACACAGGAGUGUACAAAAAUAGGCUUUUCCAUGUUGUUAUUUCAAGAUAUGAAAAUACGUUUAUCUUGAUAGAAGAUUUUGGCCAUAUCGCCUAGCCCUAAUUGUGAGUUGUUGCUGUGGCAUGUGUCACUUUUCUGAUCAAAACAUAACAAAAUCAUUUCUUCUGUGGUCUAUUUAUUUUAGUGGUGCGCUGCAUGGAUUUUUUUAGACAGUGCUAGAAAAUAAAUUGAAACAUUGUCCUGAAGAGUAAUGAGUGGAUGUGCUUGUCCUGUGCCAUUAUUUCCCCUGCAGAUGGCGCUGUAGAUCAGUUAAUUUCUAGUUGCUACAAUGAUUUCAGCUGAAAUUUAAGGCAAAAGUUUUUUGAAAUUGAGAAAAAAUAAAGGGGACAAACUUUCAACUAGACUAAAUCAACACAGAUCAAGUAAUAUAAUGGCGCAAAGCAUGGUGCUAUCUUCAAACUUGGUUAAAGGCAAAUAAUGUAUUUACUAUGUAUUUUACUAUUUGUUGUGUUUUUUUAUAUAUAUUCAAUGAAUAACUUCUUAACAAUAAAAUACAUGUAUAAUAUAUUACCUUCAUUA